UUUCACAUAAUCACGCUUCUUUCUUUCAUCACACCCCAUUCUCCCAAACUAACAAACAAAUCCCAGGGAGCCACCAACCAUGGCUUCCAAGCUCUGCGACUCAUGCAAAUCAGCCACUGCUACCUUGUACUGCCGCCCCGACGCGGCCUUCCUCUGCGGCGCCUGUGACUCUAAGGUUCAUGCCGCCAACAAGCUCGCAUCGCGCCACCCGCGCGUCGUGCUCUGCGAGGUGUGCGAGCAGGCGCCCGCGCAUGUGACCUGUAAAGCCGACGCCGCCGCGCUCUGCCUUGCCUGCGAUCGCGAUAUCCACUCCGCCAACCCCCUCGCCAGCCGCCACGAGCGCAUCCCCGUCACGCCGUUCUUCGAGUCCGUACAUUCAGUCAAGGCCUCCUCGCCGAUCAACUUCCACCACCGCUUCUUCUCCGACGCCGACGCUGAUGCUGACGUCAGCACCGAGGAGGCCGAGGCCGCGUCAUGGCUGCUACCUAAUCCAAAGACAGAUCUAAAUUCGUCUCAGUACUUGUUCUCCGAAACCGAACCGGUUCCUUACAUAGAUCUGGAUUACGCGGCCAUGGAUCCGAAGACGGAGCAGAAAAGUUCCGCCACCGCCGACGGCGUCGUUCCGGUGCAGAGCAACUUCGAGCCGUUCACCUACGGUUACAAGUACAACACUACUCUCUCACAGUCACAGUCUCAUAUGAGCCAGAGUGUAUCUUCUCCGUCGUCGAUGGAAGUUGGAGUUGUGCCGGACGGGAACACGAUGUCGGAGAUAUCGAACUGCAGCUACAGCAAAGUGGCACCGGUGACGGUGACGGCGCAGUUCUCGGCGGCGGAUAGGGAGGCUAGAGUGUUGAGGUACAGGGAGAAGAGGAAGAACCGAAAGUUCGAGAAGACCAUUCGUUACGCAUCGAGAAAAGCGUAUGCCGAAACGAGGCCAAGAAUCAAAGGAAGGUUCGCGAAACGCACUGAUGCGGACCCUCUGGCUGGAUACGGCGUCGUUCCGUCGUGUUGAUGAUUAUCAUAUAUAUCAUAUAUGAAUAUGAAUGCUUACUUUUUUGUUUUCUUAUGUUUGCUUUUGCUGCUGUAUAUAUGGACUACGCCUUCUUUUGUUUGAAUUAUGCAAUGUAAAGUUGCAAAAAACUCUUGCUGUGUAUCGAUUUUGUAGUUUGUUGAUUGUUUUUGGAUGAAUUUUGACAGCUUUUUGUUAA